CUCGGAGUCCGGGAACAGGCCCAGGCUUUUCAAAAAUCUCGAUCUCUACUGGAUGGAGAGAAUCGGGUGUGUGGUGUCAAAAAUAUAGUAACUCCUUGCGUAUUAACGUUAAUUCUAAAACUAAAACUUCAACAUGUUUCAGUUAUGCGAGUUGCCUCUGGGCCUUAGGUCGUGAAACUAGUAGCUGUUCGUACAUUAAAAAUUUCCUCAUUUAUGUCUGUCCCUGUUAGGUAUGUGUGUGUCUAGUAUAAAAGGAGUCGUUAGCGAUCAGUCUGGGUCGACCGGCACCGUCUGUCCUUAUUCAUUCUUGCCUUUUGCCACCUUUAUUAUUGUUGUAUUUACUAUUCGGAUAAACGUAAUAUUCUAUUCCUGUAUUAUUCUGUUUGUCACUAGAUAUCAAUCUCGUGUAGCCUUUGCACUUUUAAACAAAGUUUUGGCUGAUUUUUCUGAUCGAAUUCCUCAAAGUUCUUGGGCAUUAAUUCAAAGUGAGAGGGAUUGUAAUUAUGACCAAUUGCCAAUGUUUCUUACAAAAUGGCAAAAUCCACGGGAAGCUGAUGCUCUUACUCGUGUUCAGGAUGAAGUAGAAGAAACCAAAGUUGUUUUGCACAAUACAAUGCAGUCAGUUUUGGAACGUGGAGAAAAACUUGAUGAUUUAAUUAAAGCAAGUGAAAAUUUGUCUGAUCAAAGCAAAAUGUUUUAUACGCAAGCGAGGAAAAUGAAUAGAUGCUGCAAUUAUGUUUAG